GCAGUGCCCUGCAGAUGGGCUGUGGAGGGCUGGGCUGGGACAGGGACUGCUGCGUUCCCUCACAGCUCCCCUGCCAUUUCUCUUGUCCCUGCAGGCUCCAGUUCAACUCUGCCUUCCAGCCGUGAUCAUUUCAGCUGCAGGAGAGCAGCAGAUGGCCACAGCACAUCCAUCUCAGGAGCCCGUGAGCUUUGCGGAGGUGGCCGUGUCUUUCAGCAGGGAGGAGUGGGCGCUGCUGGACCCUGCGCAGCGAGCGCUGUACCGGGACGUGAUGCUGGAGACGUACCAGUGUGUGGCCUCGCUGGCUCCACUUCCAGCCUCCAAACCCAUGCUGAUCUCCCUGCUUGAAGGAGGGGAAGAGCCCUGGAUCCCAGAUGUGCGUAGCCCUGAGGCCGUGCCAGGAGACCUCAGCCCAGCAGGAACUGGGAUUGCAGAUAUGCUGGAGGACCUGCAGGAAAGUGGUGUGGCCGAAAGGCGGUGGGGUGGUGUCUGUGUGGAAGAAAUCAGAAGGGAUGUCCAAGGAGGCCUGGAGCAAGGUCAGGGUGAGCAGAUCAUGGAGCCACUGGGAAAGCGUAUGUUAAAGACGGGGAGGAGCCCGCUGGACUUCACCGUAGGUCAAAAGGAGCCUGAAGAAGCCAGGAGCAAGGAUGUGAGCCAGCAGAAAAAGCAGAAUCCAUGCACUGAGUGUGGAAAUAGCUUUGAAAAAGAUUCCGGCAUCGUUAACCACCAGUGCAUGCGCUCAGCAAUGAGGCCAUACAAGUGCUCUGAUUGUGGGAAGAGCUUCAAAUGGAGAUCCCACCUCAUUGUCCACCAGCGUGUCCAUACAGGAGAGAGACCCUGCAAGUGCUCUGAGUGUGGGAAGAGCUUCACAAGGAGUUCUGAAUUGAAGCUGCACAGGCGCAUCCACACAGGACAGCAACCAUUUCAGUGUCCUGAGUGUGGGAAGAGCUAUAGAUGCAGCUCUGAAUUGAAGCUGCACCAACAUAUCCACACAGGGGAGAGACCCUACAAGUGCUCUGAGUGUGGGAAGAGCUUCACAAGCAGUUCUAAUUUAAAGAGGCACCAUCGCAUCCACACAGGUGAAAAACCCUACAAGUGCUCCGACUGUGGGAAGAGCUUCAAGAGCAGUUCUGAAUUGAAGCUGCACAAGCGCAUACACACAGGACAGCAACCAUUUCAGUGUCCUGAGUGUGGGAAGAGCUACAGAUGCAGCUCUGAAUUGAAGCUGCACCAGCGCAUCCACACAGGGGAGAGGCCCUUCAAGUGCUCUGAGUGUGGGAAGAGCUUCACAAGCAGUUGUGUUUUAAAGAGUCACCAGCGCAUCCACACAGGUGAAAAACCCCACAAGUGCUUGGAGUGUGGGAAGAGCUUCACACGCAGUUCUGUUUUAAAAAGGCACAAGUACAUCCACACGGGAGAGACCUUACAAAUGUCCUGAGUGUUAGAAGAACUUCAGAAGCAGUUCUGAAUUGAAGUUGCAUCAGCGCAUCCACCCAGGUGAAAACCCCUACAAGUGCUCUGAGUGUGGGAGCAACUUCUAAAGCAGUUCCCACCUAACCUACCACCAGUGUAUUCACACAGACAGACCCUAUAAGUGUCCCGAGUGUGGGAAGUGCUUCAAAAGCAGUUCUGAAUUGAAACGCCUCUAGAGCAUCCACACAGGGGAGAGAUCUUAUAAGUGCUCUGUGUGUGAGAAGAGCUUCAAAAGAAGGUCUAAUCUCAACACCCACAAGCACAUCCAUGGUGCAUUCAGGCUGUAGAAGAAUCACAAGAUACGGGGAACUUCAAAAGCAGUUCCAGCCUCAUUACCUACCAGCACAGCGACACAAGAUACAGAGCCUGCAGAGCACUGGAAGAACUUCAGCCAGAGCCACAGCAUGAUGACCGCCUGUGGCUUUGUGUGGUGAUGAACCUUAGAAAUCUCUUGAGUAGAGGAAGAGCUCUGUGGCCAAACUCAAUCCUCUUUCCCCUUCGUUGCAUGAGAAUUAUGCAUAUUGCUCUCCUUCAGCUGCAGUUGCUGUGUUGAGUGGCUGUGCAAAGGAGAAUCCAGAGUGGGAUGUGUCACAGCCACUGGAAACCCUCUGCCAGGUGGCCCGUUUCUGGCAGGGCUGUGUGCCAAGGGAAUCACCUCUUACCUCCCCUGUAGAAACUCCUGUGCUGUAGGGCAGCACAAAGGAAACCUCAGCUGGGCUGAUAUGUCACCAGGAAGGAAGAAAUCCUGUCUGCAGGCAGUGUGGGAAGAGCUUCAUCUGGAGCUCAACCCUCAGUAGACGCCAGAGAACCAACCCAAGAGGAGAGUCCAGUGAGUGCCUUGACUGCAGGAAGAGGUCUGUCCAGAGCUGGCAGCUCAUCACACACCAGUGGAUCCACGUGAGGAACCCUACAGAUCUGAAGCCUGCAAGAAGAGUUUUGGCCACAGCUUGAACCUGCUGAGGUACCAGAGUGUCUGCACUUGGGUGGAGUCCAAUUCGUGCCUGCACCAGUGAGUUCACGUGGCAGGAAGCCUUAGAAAUGCCUCGAGUGUGAGAAGGGCUUUGUGCAGAGCGCAGAGCUCCUCACUCACAGGAGAUGGCACUCGUGGAAGAAGUGCUACAAAUGUCCCAUGUGUGGGAAGACCUUUUACCUGUGGAUCCACUCAGUGCAGAGACCAUGGAAAUGCCUGCACUGCAGGAAGAGCUUCAUCCAGAGCACAAUCCUCAUUAAACAUUGUCCAGUCCAUGUGAUAAAUUGGCCCUGCAAGUGUCUCUGGUGCAGGAAAUUUGUCUGGGCUGGCACCUACUUUCCCAUGGGGAAACCCCCUACAGAGAGACCUUAAGAAUUUUGGUGAGCCCAAGGAUGAGGGAGACCCAGAUGCUUCUCCCCACACAGGAGGAGUUUGCAAAGGAGAUGGCAUCACUGCCACCCUCUGCAGAAGGGAUUUAACCCAGGAGCUUCAGAUGGCCUCUCCUUGCUACCCAAAUCCUGCUUUCCUCUUCUGCUCUUCCUGCCAGCAGCUUUUUGAUGCCGUUUCCUAAGGAGAGGCAUCUGUGUAGGGAUGUUCUGUGUGUCUGUGUGCAUGUGUUGCUCUCAGUAAUUUGUGAGUGCUCUGAUGAACCUGAGGGAAGGGUCAGGAGAGCAGUAACGUGGCUCUUGGAGGUUUUCUGAGAAUCAUCUGUAGAGGAAAGGGAAGGGGAUGAAUAAAGUAGCUGAGUUGUUCUGGA